UUCCCACUCACAGGAUACAUUAACGUCUCGUGGGGGAUUUUCUGCAGGCUUUGGGCUUACUCACCCUUGUCUUCUUAUCUAAACAGCUUGAAAUCAACUGAAAAUGCGUGAAUGUAUCAGCGUCCAUGUCGGCCAGGCCGGUGUCCAGAUGGGAAAUGCCUGCUGGGAACUGUACUGUCUGGAACACGGCAUCCAGCCGGACGGUCAGAUGCCCUCAGACAAAACAAUCGGAGGUGGGGACGACUCGUUCAACACCUUCUUCAGUGAGACAGGGGCAGGGAAGCACGUUCCUCGGGCUGUGUUUGUCGAUCUGGAGCCGACUGUUGUCGAUGAAGUGCGUACUGGAAUCUACCGUCAGCUGUUCCACCCAGAGCAGCUUAUCACAGGUAAAGAGGAUGCAGCCAACAACUAUGCUCGCGGUCAUUACACAAUCGGGAAAGAGCAGGUUGACUUGGUCCUUGACCGUAUCAGGAAACUGGCUGACCAGUGUACUGGCCUUCAAGGUUUCCUGAUUUUCCACAGUUUUGGCGGUGGUACUGGGUCAGGAUUUACCUCCCUUCUCAUGGAGCGACUCAGUGUUGACUAUGGCAAGAAGUCUAAGCUGGAGUUCUCCAUAUACCCAGCUCCACAGGUGUCCACGGCCGUGGUCGAGCCCUACAAUUCGAUCCUCACUACCCACACAACUCUGGAGCACUCUGACUGCGCCUUCAUGGUCGACAAUGAGGCCAUCUACGACAUCUGUCGUCGUAAUCUUGACAUCGAGCGCCCAACCUAUACCAACCUUAACCGGCUGAUUGGUCAGAUCGUCAGCUCCAUCACGGCUUCUCUCAGAUUUGACGGUGCUCUAAAUGUGGAUCUGACAGAGUUCCAGACCAACCUGGUGCCCUACCCACGUAUCCACUUCCCCCUGGCUACCUACGCCCCAGUCAUCUCUGCAGAGAAGGCCUAUCAUGAGCAGUUGUCUGUAGCUGAAAUCACCAACGCCUGCUUUGAGCCAGCCAAUCAGCUUGUGAAGUGUGACCCACGUCAUGGUAAAUACAUGGCUUGUUGCAUGUUGUACCGAGGUGAUGUCGUUCCUAAAGAUGUCAAUGCUGCCAUUGCUUCCAUCAAAACCAAGAGAACCAUUCAGUUUGUUGACUGGUGCCCCACUGGUUUCAAGGUCGGCAUCAACUACCAGCCCCCAACCGUUGUCCCAGGUGGCGACUUGGCCAAGGUCCAGCGUGCUGUCUGUAUGUUGAGCAACACCACUGCCAUUGCUGAGGCUUGGGCUCGUCUUGACCACAAGUUUGACCUGAUGUACGCCAAACGGGCCUUCGUCCACUGGUACGUGGGAGAAGGUAUGGAGGAGGGUGAGUUCUCCGAGGCUCGGGAAGAUUUGGCUGCUCUGGAGAAGGACUACGAAGAGGUUGGGGUUGACUCGAUGGAUGCUGAAGACGAAGAGGAAGGGGAUGAAUAUUGAAACAAUCUCCAUCAUUCUUAUCAAACAAUCCAGCCCUAAACUGUAAAUUUGCCAUUACAUCAACAGAGACUUUGUUCAAUUAAGACUCUAAACAGCAUUCCGAAAACACUCUAAUUGGCUUUAUAAAUUACUAAUGAUUUUUUCGACUUAAUUUAAUUUAUUAACCAAAGAGUACAAUUUUCAGGCUCUAUUGUAUACAUGGUUGUUAAACCUUUAAUACUCGUAAUUCAAAUUACAGUACAUUUCUAUAAAUGUUUUCACAGCUGGUUUGUUUACAAAACAUGCAGAGGCUGUUGAUCAGUUAAAGAACAUGAAUAAAACUACAAAAAGUAA